CAGGCCCCGCCCCCGGGGCUUCCCGGGCGCGCGCAGCCCCGCCGUGUCCGCGCGCCACGCCCCCCUGCUCUCGGGCCGCGUGCGGAGCCGCGCGCCCCGGAGGCUCCCGGACGGUGGCGGCGGUUGGUGGCGGCGGCGGAGCAGUCCUCCACGGGCCAUGUCUUUUCCGGCCGUGGCGAGGAGCUCCUUGAGAGGGAGUCGGGAGAUGGCCCCCAGGCCGCGGAGCCGGGGCCGAUUCUGGGAAGUGGACGGCGGCAGCGGAGACCGGCUGGAGCGCGCUGCCGCGGAGUCGGAGCGCUGGGAGCUGCUGCUCCGCCGCGGCGAGCUGCUGGCCCUGGGCGGUCACCUGAAGGGAGCGCUGGAGGCGUACGCGGCGGCGCUGCGCCGCGGGGCCCCGGUCAGGCCCGAGUGCCUGGGCACCCUGGUGGACUGCCUGGUGCUCAACUACCGGCUCCGCCACGGGCUGGGCUGGAGCGCGGCGCGGGCAGCGGGCGCGGACCCCGGCGCCAGCGGGCUGCUCAGCUGCCUAGGCUGCCGGGGCUUCCUGAGCGAGCCGGUGACCGUGCCCUGUGGCCACAGCUACUGCCGCCGCUGCCUGAGAAGAGAGCUCCGCGCCCGCUGCCGCCUCUGCCGGGACCGACUGCCACCCGCUGCCGCUGCCACUGAUGCUGAGGGCACCACCCCGCGGCCGCCGCCUCUGGCUGCCGCCAUCGCCGCUUCGGGCUUCAGAACCAGUGUCGUCCUCAACCACCUGGCCGAGAAGUGGUUCCCGGGCCAGCUGGAGCGCGCCCGGGCGGCGGGCCGGCUCGGGGAGCUGCUGCACGAGGGACGCUACCGGGAGGCCCUGGCCGCCGCCUGCGAGGCGCUUCGAGCAGAGCCUGGCAACUUGACACUAAAAAUUUACAGAGCUGAAUCAUAUGCUGGUCUCCAAGAGUUUAAAGCAGCCAUAGAAGAUUUGAAUGCAGUUCUCUUUCAACUGCCAAAUUGGCCUGAGGUCUACUUCAGGAAAGGAAAAGUGCUGCAUGAUGCUGGCUUCUUAGGCGAUGCCUUACAGCUCUUUCUGCAGUGCUUGGCCCUCGAUGAAGACUUUGCGCCUGCGAAGCUAGAAGUGGAAAAGAUUUUAUUUGAUUUAUUAUCACCUGAAAACUUAAAAGAAGGCCUGAAGGAUUCUUCCUGGAGUUCAUUGCCGUGCACUAAAAACAAACCUUUGGGUUUUCCAUCAGUGAUGGAAGAGGCGCACUCUGCCAGUGAGCGCAGCCCAGAGCAGAACGAAGAAAUAGCAGAGGUGCCAUCGGAGCCUGUCCGGGGAAGUUUAAACCGCGCUCGCUCAGCACAGGCUAUAAAUUCCGCAGAAAGGCCCUCCCGGGAAGACGGCUUGAAAAGAGUGUCCUCGGAACCUUUCCUCUCCGUUCAAGCAAAAGGUGCUCUCCUGAAAAGAAAGUUGUCUCUUUUGGAGCAGGAUGUGAUUGUCGAUGAAGAUGGAAGAAAUAAGCUUAAAAAGCAAGGAGAACCUCCCAGUGAAGUCUGUACGAUUUCAUUAGCCGGCGGCGGCGACGUCCCGGGCGAACUGGUAGAUGCCUCCGACUUUGAGUGUUCUCUGUGCAUGAGGUUGUUUUUCGAGCCAGUAACAACCCCUUGCGGACACUCGUUCUGUAAGAGCUGCCUGGAGCGUUGUUUAGAUCAUGCGCCGUAUUGUCCCCUCUGCAAAGAAAGCUUAAAAGAGUACCUAGCAGAUAGGAGGUACUGUGUCACACAGCUGUUGGAAGAAUUAAUAGUGAAGUACCUGCCUGAUGAGCUGUCUGAGAGGAAAAAAGUGUAUGAUGAAGAAACUGCUGAACUCUCACACUUGACCAAGAAUGUCCCAAUAUUUGUUUGCACUAUGGCCUACCCCACUGUGCCUUGCCCUCUUCAUGUAUUUGAGCCAAGAUACAGACUGAUGAUUCGGAGAAGCAUACAGACCGGAACCAAACAGUUUGGGAUGUGUGUCAGUGAUACACAAAAUAGUUUUGCAGAUUAUGGUUGUAUGUUACAAAUUAGAAAUGUGCAUUUCUUACCCGAUGGAAGGUCUGUGGUGGAUACAGUCGGAGGAAAGCGGUUUCGGGUUUUAAAAAGAGGAAUGAAAGAUGGAUAUUGCACUGCAGACAUUGAAUAUCUGGAAGAUGUUAAGGUGGAGAAUGAAGACGAGAUAGAGAAUCUCAGACAGCUUCAUGAUUUGGUGUACUCUCAAGCCUGCAGCUGGUUUCAGAAUUUAAGAGACAGAUUUCGAAGCCAAAUUCUUCAGCACUUUGGAUCGAUGCCCAGGAGAGAGGAAAACCUUCAGGCGACUCCUAACGGACCUGCUUGGUGUUGGUGGCUUCUCGCAGUUCUCCCCGUGGACCCGCGAUACCAGCUGUCGGUGUUAUCAAUGAAGUCUCUGAAAGAGCGGCUGACAAAGAUACAGCAUAUACUGACCUAUUUUUCCAGAGACCAGUCCAAGUGACUGACUGCGCAGGUCUCCCUUCGACGUCACCCUGACCUGGCCGCGUCGACGGCCGGGUUGUCCGCUGCCUUUGCACACCCAGUGCUGGUCUGAGAAAUGUUAACAAAAUUCUUGUGGUUUUUUUUUUUUCCUUCAA